ACAAAUAAAAAAUGCUCAUAGGUAUGAACAUGUUGUAUGGCAUAUAUCUUGAAAAUUGAAAUACCCGAUAUACAAUUUUCAAUCUUUUCCUACAUUAUUGCCGUCUGGUAUUUCUCUGUGAUGCCGCUCAGCCAGACAGACAGUAUCGGAUGUGUUGUGUUUUUUUUUUCUUUUAUGGUUUAUAUAAGAUAAAAUGAUAUCAUUUCACGCGCCAAUAGUAUUAUUUUUUUAUCUUUUCAACAUGUGAAAUUGUGUAUGUGAUAUUCAUUCUGUGGUGAUACUGUGAAAUGUAAUGCGAUGCGACUCCUAUUUAUUAAGAUAAUAAUAGGUAAUAUCUACUAUACUCUACUCUACUUAUAGUAUUAUUGAGUUGCCCAUUCAUAAUUUUGAUAUAAUAUGUUGCUGUUAGGCGUUAUUCCUUAUUUUUAGUUGUAAUUACAUGCGCUUCUGUAAAUCUACUGAUAACAUACAUCGGUAUAGCUCUGGGUUACCAGUGCCCAUACGAUUAUUCGAAUAGCUAGUAUUUAGUACCGAGGUACUUGUUAAUGUUUUCUGUUGUGUGUCCGUUUGAAGCUAUAUUCUUUAGAUUUUGAAAUGUGUUCGUAGUAUUGUUUAAAAAUGAUGGAUCCUAAUAAUUUACCACACCAUGUGUACCUGCACAAAGACCACAAGUACAGAUUGAAAUUGGGAUUUUACGCAGCGCCCAGCAAUCCCAAAGCGUUUUCUAAGGCUAUUAGAGAUGAACUUCACAAAUUAAGGUUUACAUACUGUUCUGAUUUAAAUGGACUGAUUAUGGGAUUUGGUAAAAUAAGUUCAAACGAACUUAUUCCAGCUGAUAUUAGACAUUGCAUCAAUGUAGUUGUCAAUGUUGAUGUAUAUAUAUUCAAACCUCCAGUUGGAUCUAUAAUAGAAGCUGUAGUAAAUCAAACUAGUGAUAACCAUGUCAGUUGUUUGGUGCACAAUUUGUUCAACGUUUCAAUAGUACGACCUGAAAAUAAACCGUGUGACCAGUGGUCAGGAUCUAAAAUUAAAAAGGACGAUAAGAUUGAUGUUAAAGUUUUAUCUUUUGAUCUCACAAAAAAACUUCCUCAUAUUACAGGCGAAAUAAUUAAAAAGAAUGAUGAUUGUUAUGAUCCUAAAAAUAUAAAAAAUAGUUCUUUUACGAAAUCGUCAUCCUCAAAAAAUAUUGUAAGUGAUUUUACUAAAUCUUUUAAUAAGAGUACUGCAAGUCUUUCAACAUAUUCAUCAAAUGAUUCUGAAUGUUCAGAUGAACAGAACAAUAUGAUAACUGAGUCUAAAAUAUGUGCCGAUGAAUCUACAAAAGUAUCACCAUUAUUAAUUAAUACCACUAUUAAACAGGUACAAAAAGAAGACACUGCAGUUAGUAUUUCAACAUAUUCAUCAAAUGAUUCUGAAUAUUCAGAUGAACAGAACAAUAUAAUAACUGAGUCUAAAAUUUGUGCCGAUGAAUCUAUUAAAAUAUCACCAUUAUCAAUUAAUACUACUAUUAAACAUGCACAAAAAGAAGAUACAGCAGUUAGUUCUUCAAUACUUUCAUCAAGUGAUUCUGAAUCUUCUGCUGAAAUUAACAAUAUGAUAACUAGCUCUAAAAUAUGUGAAGAUAAGACUACUAAAAAAUCACCUGUAUCAACUAAUACGACCAUUCAACAUCAGGAUACUGCUGAUAGUUCUUCAGAAUUGUCAUCAUUUAACUCUGAAUUUUCAACUAAAAUUAAAGUUGAAUUAACCAAUUUUGAAGAGUGCGAUAAAAAUAAAUCUUCUAGAACAUCAUCACGUAUUCGUGCCAAUAUUAACAAUACUAAGCACAUUGAAAGUCCAUUAUAUAGUUCUACUCCUAUUUUAAAUUCUGAACAUUCUGUAAAUAGUAUCAAUUUAAUCAGAAACAAGCAACUAAAACAAUUAAAAAAACAUUUGGCUAAAAAUAGUACUGAAAAACAAAAAUCAUUGGCUGCUGUUAAAGUACCUAAUCAGUUUGCUAAGGAUAAAUUUUUUAAAUCUCUAAAUAUUUUACAAAAUAUUAAAAAUAAUGAUAACAAUGAUCCACUUGAAGUACUUGCUGCUUCGGUCAAUACUCAAGAUAAUUUGGGUAGUCCUAAUAAAAUAAGUCACCAUAGUAACCUCCAAGGUGAUUCUGGUUUAAGUGAUAGUGAACAUAAAAAUAUUUCAGUUCAUAAUUCAUUUUCAAGAAAAUCUGAAAAAUCUACAAAAACAACUAAAAAGCAUCGAAAAUCAAAUGAAAUUGUAGAUGCAAUUUUAAACUCAAUAAGUUUAAAUGGGAUGAAAUCUAAUGCUAAUAUUACCAAACAUUUGGUUGAUUCUAAUAAUGAAUGUAGUAAUGAUGAAAAAGAAGAAAAAACUAUAUAUACUCAACAUAAACAUAAUUUAGAUGAAGGAUUACUUAUUAAUCGCAAACAUUGCUAUGAAUCAGCAGUUAAAAAUUCUUUGACAUUAAAUUUGAGUACUAAGAAUAUUAGAAAAGAAGAUACUCCCCAAAAGAAAAAUACAGAUGACAAUGAAAACCAAAUUAAAAAUAAAGUAUCUAAAAAAUGUUCAAAUGUUACAUUAUCCAUGAUAUCCGAUUCAGAUAGUAAUUGUAGUAAAGAUCUUAAAUCAUUUGUAAAAGAUUUAAGCCGUACUACUCAUUUUAAUAAAGAAAUUGAAAAUGACACUAGUAGCUCUGAUGAUGAAAUUUAUUCAAAACUUAGACAAAAUAUAUCAAAAACACAAAUAAAUACAAACCAUUAUAAUGAAAAACCUAAAAGUCAAUCACUUGAUUAUAAUAACGUAUAUUUUAGUACUGAUGAGAGUGAUUCGUCUUCCAAACUUUUUUGUAAUACAUCUAAGUUGUCUUCAAAGUUAAUUAAAUCAAAUGUAACAAAUAUAUUAGAAACUGAUGUUUGUAACAAAAGCAAUGACAAUAAUUUGUUAUUAAACAAAAAAACAUUUAAAAAAGAAAAAAAAAAAAAAGAAGUAAAUGAAAAAUCUGCACCUCCUCAAUUGACCAGUAAAAUUGUUAAUAAAAUGGACAUUAUUAAACACAUUUUGGACAAAGAUUCUAGUAGUGGUAGUGAAGUUACAACUCUUAAAAAAAAAACUAGUGAUGAGAAAAGGAAAAAAGGAAAAGUUUCUAGAAAAAUAUCAUCUUUAAAUGUAUCAAAAUUAAAUGAAAAUGAUGGGUUAUUAAAUAAAAACAUCUCAAACCCAUUUUUAAAAAAAUACACUGAAAAUAUAACAAGCUCAAGUUCUGAUGAUGAAACAUUUGUUUUAAAUUUAAUGAAAUCAAAAAAAUCAUCAGACAAAAAAAAAAUUCAAUUUGUAAAUGAUGAAGAGAAAAAAAAUAUUUUAAUAAAUAAAGUGUUGACUUCUAUAAAACGUAAAAAUAAAAAACAAAUUUUACCUGUUUCACAGAAUAAUUCAAAAGCAUCUGAAAGUAAAAAAAAACUUUUUGAAAAUGACAAAAUAACAAAAGAUAAACCUAUAGUUAAAACUAAAAAUAAAAAAGAUAUUCUUAAUAUCUUAAAAAAUUCUAUCGGAGAACCAAAACCUAAUGUGCCAAAUUUUAAUAUUUCCCAAAAAGUUGACUCAUCUCAAUUAAAUAUUCAACCUUCAUCCAAUGAGAGUACCGAUGAAGAAAAUGAUGUUAUAAAAAAAAUUUUGAGAAAACGAAAACUUAAAAAAACUAAAAAAGCUUAUGUACCAGAGCAAUCUAUGCAAAUUAAUAUUUCAACAAAAUCAAACAAACAGAAUGAAAUCAAAGAAAAAUUGCACACAAAAUCAAAAUCCCAAAAUGUAUCAAUGGCAGAUGAAGUAAAGAGUAAUGAUAUAAAAAAAAAAAAAAAGAGACCAAGAGAAACUAAAAAUAACCUUGUAGAUUCUAUAAUAAAUGCUUUAGAAAAUCCAAGUGAUCAUGCCCCAUCUAAAAAGAAAAAAAAAGAUCAUAAUUUGACUAUUGAAGAAUCACAUGAUUCUAAAGAUAAAAAUUCUGUUGGUAAUUUAUCCGAGGUUAAAAUGAAGAAAAAGAAAAAAUCCAAACAUAAAGACAAUAUUAGCUUAGUUGAUUUAAUUUUAAAAGAUAAUAAAAAAAAAACUAAUGAUUCAUUUUUUGAAUCUUUGCCAAAAAAUAUUGAAGCAAAAGUAGACAAUACACUUUUAAAAGUUUCAAAAAAAAAAAAAAGAAAAAGUGAUACUGUUUUCUAUGAAACACCAAGUACUAUUGCUGAUAAAUCAAGUAAAAUAAUUGAUAAACUGGAAGAUAAUAAUGUAAAACUUAAAAAUGCGGGAUCAAGUAAGAAAAAAACUCAAAAACUUUUGGAAAGUCAAAUGAAAAAUUUCAUGUUAACUCAAGAUAAUACACAUUUGGAUAAUUUGUAUGAUUCACUAAACAUGCAUUUGAUUCAAUCUUAAGUUUUAACAAUUUUUAUGAUUAAUUAACUAACCUUAUGUUUUAUAUGUAAAGUUAAAUAUUUUAUUUGCAUGUAAUUUUUAAAUAUUGAAUAAUUAUUUUAUUAAAAUAAAUUAAAAGGAUGAAAAAAAUAUGUUUUUUUUUAUGUAUUUAUUUAUUUAUUUAUUACUCUAUAAUUUACAAUAAGUUAGUUUUGUAGUUUUGAAUUUAUCACAGAAUAAAUAAUAAUAUAUUUUGUUUGUAUUAUAUUUUAUAGUUUUAUAAAUCAGAACUGAUUUUAUAUGUAAUUGUAUGUAUUAUAUAAGAUUUAUAACCAGGAUAAUAGUUAUGUACUAUUAAAAUAUGUAUUCUGAUGAAGGAACUCAAGAUUCCACCCGUGCAAAUGUUUAAAUACUCAUAUUGAAUUAUACUUAAUUAAUCAUCACAUUUUAAUACAGAGUUGCACUCAAUAUAAA